AUGUUGCAGCUUCUCUACGCCGUCAUUUUCGCCCAAAUGUUCGUCAUCGUCAGCUUCCUCUUCAAAACUCCCGCCAGGAAGCUCAUCAUCGUCACACUGGAUCGGCUCAAGCGCGGCCGCGGCCCUGUCGUCUUCAAGACCGUCGCCGCCACGCUGCUCGUCGUCCUCGCUUCCUCGCUCUACAGUAUCUCCAAGAUUCAGCGUCGGAACCUCGACGCUCCCGUUGUUAACCCCACCGACCAAGUCCUCCUGUCUAAGCACACACUCGAAGCUUCGCUUAUGGGGUUUGUGCUGUUCCUGUCUCUGAUGAUAGACAGAUUGCACCAUUACAUCAGAGAGCUUCGGUUACUGAGGAAGGCCAUGGAAGCUGCUAAGAAACAGAGUCGAAGUUUUGAGGACGGAAAACGUGUUAGUGCAGCAUUAUACAAGGCUUUGGUGGAAGAAAUUUCCUCGUUGAAGCCUAAAAUUAAGAAACUGGAAUCUGAGUGUGAGGUGAAAGCAAGCAAGGCUAAGACCUUGGAAGCUGAGGUAGAGGCUCUUAGAAAGCAAUCUGAGGGGUUUCUUAUGGAAUAUGAUCGCCUCUUGGCUGACAAUCAGAAUCUUCGGAGUCAGUUGCAGGCUAUUGACCACAGUUCAUUCCAUGCCCUUAACAAAAAGAGGACGUGA